AUGAACAAGAAGAAAUUAUACCUAGCUACCUCUUUGGAGGAGUUGAGAAAGCUUUCAAAAAUAAAUAUUCGAUCAUCUGCACCUGAAGUACUGAAGCGUGAAAUGUCUUUGAUAAAAUGUCAAGCUAAUGAAGUUUGGGAGCAUGAUGAAGAGCGUGCCUAUGUACUGUUUAUGAAAUACUUUGAGUACUAUGACAAACUGAGACAAAUAACAGGUAAAAAAGAUAGUAUAAUACUUAAAGAUGAAUUAUUGUGUGCUGUUGAACGUGCUGAAACUUUGCAUGUCAAUCUAAAGGCAAGAUAUAAGAGUUUAAAAAGUCCAACUGUAUCUGAACCAGAGAAAUCUAAUGAAUCUACACCUGAACCUGAACCAGAUAAACCACCACCUCCUACAAUCAUCUCCCGAUGGAUACAAUCAAAUGACUUGGCAGAGAUUAUUAAGAAGCAACAAAAUUUCCUUCUAAUGGAUGUCCGUACAGUAUCUGAAUUUGAACAAUGUCAUAUAGCAUUCGAGAACAUCAUCAACAUUCCUUGUGAUAUUUUACAACGUGGAGCUACUGUAAAUACGAUCUCUGAUUACUUAAAAGUGAAUGGCACGUUUAAAAAGCUUUGGGAGAAUCGAGGUGAAUUCGAUGGUGUAAUACUAUUGGAUGAGAAUGGCUUCGACUCUGAUAUGUGUGCUGUAGACAAGAGUAAUUGUUUACAAAUUCUGAAAGAUGCUAUUUUUAAGUGGGAUGCAGCGAAAACUAUAACUGUAGAGCCGAAAAUGCUUGUUAAAGGAAUGAAAGACUUUGCCUUGCGCUACCCACCACUUCUUAUUCAAGCAGUCACAACGUCGUCAAAUCAAACGGACGCCAAACGUGGUAGCUCUCAACUUCAAGCAUCUAAACUGAAAUAUCCAGAUUUGAAUAUACGUGAAAUUAAAAGUGAAGAUAAAUUGCCCACUGUCAAUUUGGCUGAUUUGUUAGCUUCUCAGAGUAAAAAUCCUGCAUUAUCUUUUAAAAGUAUUCAAAAUGGACGUGGUGUAGUGCAGAAUGGGACAAAUCCCGGUGUACAACGUCCACCGCCGCCACUACCACCACCACUGCCUAAACCACCAGCGUUUAUAGGUCGUGUACAGUACACUCCAAAGAUGCUCCCUUCACAGUCUUCCGAAACAUCACUCACCAAUCUUAGACAAAGUAUUACACAGAUUGAUCGUCAACAGAGUCUUGUAUCAAACUUAUCAAAUUUAUCAUUGGGAAAACUUGAUUUAAGUCCAACAAGUGUAACAUCGAAUCAUAUUGUACUGUCUGAUUCAGUGAGAGGCGAUGAAAACAGAGGUGAAAAAGUUUGGAAACUAUCCACUGAACAUUCAGAUGAAGAAUCCCGUAUGUAUAGUGAUUUACGUGAAAAAUCCUACACUGAUAGACCGUUACCACGAAAAUAUUCUGAACAAUACUCUGACAAUAGAAUGUAUAAACCAGUCGAUUCGCACGUGGAUCCAUGGAGAGUUUCAUUAACUGCUUCGACGAUUAAUGCUUCAAUACCACCAGUGCCAAAUAUUCCUGCGCCUGAAAGUAAACCAAUAAAUUUAGUAAAUUCUCAAUCAUCUCUAACAUAUGUACAACCAGAUGUAUUGAAUAAUCAGGUUAACUCUACUGUAUGCACAACUUUGGCUAUCCAUCAAACACGUACAAAUGGUUUACGCAAUCUUGGGAAUACAUGCUAUAUGAAUUCUGUAGUACAGUGUUUAUCCCAUACCCGUGCAUUAGUUCACUACUUCCUUGAUGGUUUUCAUGAACGUAAAGCUGUAGUUACUAAUUCUCUUGGUUAUGGAGGAGAAAUUGUGAAGCAUUUUGAAGUACUACUCUCAGCCUUAUAUAAUCGACCAAAUCAGGAUAGUGAAUUGCAUAAAUUUAGAUCAGCUGUCGCUAAACAUCAAGCCAAAUUUUCAAGUAAUGAUCAACAGGACAGUUUGGAAUUCCUUCUCUUUCUAUUAGACGGUCUACACGAAGAUCUUAACGAAGCUCGUUCGCAACGGAAUAGUACUACAAAACCUUUACAGGAUCAAUCAAGUGUUGAAUAUUCAUCGAGUCGUGAACAAGCAGAGGCUGCAUGGAUUCAGCAUAAAGAUUUAAAUAAUUCAAUCAUAGUGUCAUCAUUUCAAGGACUUCUCCGUUCUACUGUAAAGUGUAGUAAUUGUCAUAAAACUUCGAUAACAUUUGAUGUCUUCAUGGUAUUAUCCUUACCAAUGGAACAGAAUAAUGCAUGCCAUUUAACUGAUUGUCUUAAGUUAUUUCUCGAAAAAGAAGAAAUGGUCGGUCCAUGUCGUUGGCACUGUCCAACAUGCAAUACAAGACGUGAUGCUUCUAAGUGGAUAGAAUUAUGGAAAUUACCGACUUAUUUAAUUAUACACUUGAAAAGAUUUCGAUAUGAACAUGGUAAUUGGAGAAAACAGACAACAAAUGUAAACUUCCCCAUUGAAAGCUUAGAUAUGAGUUCGUUUAUUGUUGGUCCCAAACUGCAUUCCAGUGAAUAUGCUUUAUUCGCUGUCCUAAAUCAUCGUGGUACAAUGGAAAGUGGUCAUUAUACAACAUACUGUCGCAAUAUCCGUGAUGGUCGAUGGUAUGAGUACGAUGAUGAAAAUGUAUCCUUACUAAAUAGAAAUGAAAUACAAAAUGAUAACGCUUAUAUAUUGUUCUAUGAAUUACUACCUCGUGUAGGCGUGUUUUUUGAAAAUCCUCCUGAUGUGGUUCGAUGA